UCAGCUCGGCCAGCCCCACGAGCUGAAGUUACUGAACUGACUGCAGCUUUGCAGCAGAACGCAAUAUAUCCAAGAAAUGGCAAGAUCUGAGUCCUUGCAUUUUAAGGUCAUCUAGAUCUAUAGUUCAUCAUCAUGGAACCUAUUGAGAAAGAAGGUUAUCCCAUCUGCCUAGUAGCUUGCAGGAGUCGUAACCAGCCACUUACCCCUGAAAAAGGGUACCAAUCUGCAGUGACAUCAACUUCUCAUUCUGGCUCUCUGCAAGAUAUCUCUUCCCAGGUAGGAUCGAGCGGGGUCAUCGUCGACUACCAGAAGGGACUUGUGAUCACAACUGCCCUACCCUUCACAGAGUUCAUCCCCAGUGAACAAGGUGGAAGAAAUGAUAACCAGUCUAAUAGUGAGGGUGAAUUGGAUAACUGUGUAAAUCAUUACAGUGGGAAUGAGCUCAAAGAGUUAUCGGUUUCAGUGAUUCUACAAAGUUCGAGAAUAAACGAGAAGGGAAAAGCAAAGGAGAACUUCCAUUCAACCGCUAAUUAUAACCGGCAUCGACCAAGGGCGAAUAGAGUUCUCUCGGCCUUGCCCCAUCCUGGCAACCUCACAACAUCAUGCAUUGAGGAUAAUGCGACCGAAUCGUUUGAGGUACAUGAUGCAAGAGUUGUGUUGCUAUGGAGAUGUGCAUCGCUUGACGAUGAGAUGAAGUCACUCAUGCCCAGUGCAGACGGGUGGGAGCUGGAUUAUGGGGAAAAGAAGGGAGAGAUUGGUAGCAGUUCCCAUCUCGCGGGUGGAAAGGACAUGGUAGAGGAUGGAGAUGAAGAGGAGAGAAAGGAUAAAAGUCAGAGGAAUCUUCUGAGCUGGUUUGCUCUGCUACAAGUUGAUGGAGGUCUUCAUGUUCCCACAGGACAACAGCUCAAAAUAGUCCCCAGUACUAGCCUGCGUCUGGCCCAGCCUGUUACCGGGUGUGGUACACCGUUUGCAACGCUCAGUCCAUCUAUCUUCUACAACAGUCUAAGUACAGGGAUCAUCACUAAACGGAACGGGAGGGACCUUGUUAUGACGGACGCAAGGUGCAUGCCAGGCACGGAGGGAGGAGGGCUGUUUGUCAUGGAUAAGAAACAAAGAUACCUGGCUGCGAUGAUCAUAUCUCCUCUUUGCUGGAAAGCCAAUGAAUGGAUUGGUCUGACUCUGGCUUGCUCUAUGACCGCCGUCUUGGAUUCACUUCAAGGGUUGACCUCCAUUGACCUCUCAAUGAUAAGGUCAACAAACUGUGAAGACAUUUCUUACACCAGUCAUCAAAUGCAUCUUCAAAAUCAAGUGGACGUUAAGCGUUUUCAGAGCAUAGUUCUAUUGCGAGUUGGGACAGUGUGGGGGUCAGGGGUCAUCGUCGAUGAGAAGGAGGGGCUUAUCCUAACAUGCAGGCAUGUUGUGAAGGGUGCAUCGUACAACCAAGUGUGA